AACUGUCAUUUGUCUCAAACGGUGGUCCACGCAGUCAAUUUUUUUAUACUCGGACCCUUUCGAAUCCGCGCGAAUCAGGGUUCUGCGAAGUUUGAUGACUUAAUUUUUCUGUGCGAGAAGAGUGCGGACUUCCGGGAAUUUUCGAAAAUCGCAGAACGCGAGUGUGUUUGACGUGGGACGAUAAUAAAUUUCGUCGAAACGAAAGAGAAAACGAGGGAAAAAAUGUUUUCCGAAAUUUUGAUGGUGGUUUUCGUGUGUUACGCGUCGUCGGUCGCGACCGCCCCCAGCUCGUCGAGGGCCGCCGCCGUCGACGAAAAAGGGCUCGAGACAACGAUAGACAAUUUUUUGGACGGCUACUUCGAGGAGCAUAUCAGACAGCAAGUGCACGACGUCCUGGAGGAGUUUUCUAAAGAUCCGGUGCCCGACUUCGACGACGCCGACGCCGACGACGACGAAGGGGACGAAGUUGGUAUAUAUGACAGGAUGCAGGGGGAUCAGCCAGAGGUAGUACACUAUGGAGGCCAUAAUUUCACUGCCGAACAGGUCGCCGCCAUGAAAGAAAGAGAUAGAAGGGACGUGGACAAAAGGACGCGUAAAGAAAUUUGGAAGGGUUACCUCAAAGAUCAAAUCCUACGACACAUGGGACGCGGGAAUAAUUCGUCCACGUCUAGGCCCGUAGAAGAAGCGACAUUGACCAAUCUGAAUAUCAGCCAGAUAAUACCCAAAAUUUUAAAUACCACUCUAUUGGACGACGACCAGAUAACCGAGAAGAUACGAAGCUUUUACCCGUCGUGCGAGGCACCAUCAAAUACGGACCAGGAACUGUGGAAGGACGACGACAUAAUGAACCUCUACUUCGACGUUGAUUAUCUAUCGGGAAACGGAAACAGCAACAUCGCCACCGCCACGCUGAGACUGUACAGGUUACCUCAGAACGGUACCAGCAAAAUCGGGCCCAAGAAAGACGACUGCGACAACUCUGACUCCGUCGAGGAGGAAAAACUGCUUCGGGUGUCUGUCUAUUGGUACACCAAGUUCCAGAAGAGAAGAAGAGGUAAACAUGACGUGAAGCGCCGAUUAUCCGACAGCAAAGUCGUCGCGGAAACCGCGAGGUGGGUGGAGCUGAGCGUCAAACCGGCAACCAAAGCGUGGAACAGGGCCGGAGCGCGAAAUUUGGGUUUGGGAAUCGUCGUGGAGGACCAGGAGGGCAAGGCUCUGCGCGCGGAUCGCUACUUCAAGGGCGCUUCAUGCACGGUCGGAGUCUCGACCCCAAAACCUAUCCCGACAAUCAUACGUGACGCAAGCGAAUCUGACGAAAUUCAUAGCCUAUUUGGAAGAAAUUCAACGACAGCCCUUCAUAGUGACGUAUAUCUGCUCCCCUCCAUAGACAUUUGCUUCCUGGAGUUUCCCGACAACUGCACGUCGGCGAACUUCAACUCCGCGCGGAUCAACGCUUGUAACCUGCGAAAAAUCCACGAGGAAAACCAACGCAGCGCAGAAAAAGAGAAGUUCGAACGGAUUGCUAGUUUCUCGAGGAUGCCGUCGAAACGGCAUAUACGACAUCAGAGACAGUUCAUGGCGAACAAAAGGUUGUCGGAGGGCGCCAGUGAUUUGGAAUUCGACCUCAGGUCUCGCAUGAGUGACAGUAAAGUUAUUUUGACUAGGGAUGAGUUACCGAACAUCCAAAACAAGUUCGUUAACCGGUAG